AUGACUGCUUUGCGUGUUUGUGGGCUUCUCUGCCUUGCUAUCGGCAUCGGCAUCCUGAGCGUCGCUGCGCUUCCCCGCCAACCUGCACGUCGAGGGGGAGAAAAUGGACUUGGACUCAAGCCUGCAUCACCUUGCACCAAAGGCUUGCAUGUUUGGGUCCGCGCGGAUGAUCUUCGACCGUGAGUGAGGAUUGGGGGGAAUCUGAAGGCGCGCCCAUGUUCACCGUGCAGACUGACGCGUUUCAUUGCCAAUGUCCAGCUCGUCGUUGGUGGAAGGAGAAGCACGAUUGGUGAAUAAUCUGACUCAUCUGGCCGACAAGCCAGUUCUAGCAGAGCAGUGUCGCAUCGUGUCGUGGACUCUUGGCCUUCGACACCGCGAGCGCGUGGCACUAAAGUAUCCCGCGCUCGACGUGCAGCCACCUCAGAAGCCGCAAUGGAACUACACCUGGUCGAGCCCAUACUAUGGCUUGCAGGACGAGCUUUCCGUCUUUACGCCCUUCUCUCCGGAAAGGACUGCUUACGAGAAGCGCAUGCAAGAGUACGCCGACGCUAUGGCCAAGAGAGAGCAAUGGAUAGUAGCAGAGAAGCAGCGUCUUAACUUCGAGGCUGUCCGCGACAUGGGUGCGGUCGAGACACCCUCAGAGAGUGAGUAGGCACACCUUUCAGAACGCUACCAAGCGCCGGUACGAUCAGAAAAGUCGCCGCUCACCCUUCCUCGCCCCCUCCACAUAGAUUUGCAAGUCGUAGAGCUGGAGCCCUUUCUCAUUGCAGUACCGCCUGUCAUCUUCCCACCACGCGUCGAGGGUCACGGACAUGCAACAGGUCGGGGCUCGUCUAACGUCUCGGUGAGUCAUGCUGUGCCAGUCAUCUUGCCAAAACGUCCCUCAUCCUCGUAAUCACCACGCUGGCAGUACGCCCGUGAGCUCGACAUGGCGUAUUUUGCCCAAGCUCACUCAGCUGGAGGAGACAUCAUCGAGAUUGCAGCCGGACAGACGACGUCUGUGCCACCGCCAAUGUGGUCAUCCGACGCGGCGCCCAAACGUCGUCGAAUUCACCACUCGUUCAACGAGAGCAGCUGGGUGGAGGUCAUCCGGGAUGCGCGUGGUCCUUCAUUUACCCCCAGGGUGGUCCAUCUGCAAGGUUUGAACGCUUCUUUGACAUUCGAAAGUUUUUCGGCAUGGGUCCAAGGUAUGUCGCGCUCGCGCUGCGCGUCAGGCAUUGUCCGAGCUGACGCUCACCUGGCGUCACAGGGGACAAGCGUCAAGUGCAAGGAGAAAUGUUCCUCCAAGGCGACAGGUACCAUGUCGAGGCGGCACACUUUAAGAUUGUCCAGCACGUGCGCCCGGUGUGGGCAUCAUCGCAGCUGCUGGCAGAGACGCACAACACACGCUCGCUUGAGAUUGAGCUGCUGCGACGUGUCGGUUUGGCCGACAAUCUCAUCUUCACUGGCAAUGAGACCAGGCCUGAAAAGCAAAGCUCAUCCCGGAGCCGUCUCGCAGUGCCUUUGUCGGUGGAGGACCACCUCAGAGCUGCGAUAAAGCAGCGGAACGAAGGUGCACAGAUGGAGUGGAGCUUCAACAUACCUGCUACUGCCAUGACAUUGACGCCGCAGCCGAAUGGACGGACGCAACUGUCUGGGUGGGCAAACAUCUCGGACUCUGCGCCACUCACGACCAGCACGGCGGCUGCGUUCGAAGAUGUUGAAGCUUACGUCGUUGCCGAAAUCAUCUUGCGUGACCGUUCGGUGGAAGGCGUCGAGGACACGGCCAGUGGCGAGUCUUUGCGAUCUGAUCGCAUUCUCGAAGAAAAUUACGGGUGGGACAGCAGAGGAUAUCCCAAAAGCAAGGAAUGCCUCGCAGGCAUGCCGCAGUCCAUGUGCACUCUGCGCGGGCCGCAGUACCGUCUUACCGCCAUCUUUGAAGGAGUGUCCGUGCUACCGCGCGGCUCGCGCGCGCACUUCAAGACCAGCAAGAUACGCGACAUGGUGCGCGAGCAUCAGCGAUGCAAGACCAAUCCCGUCGGCUACCUCUCUCCAGAAGCUCGCGCACCCAUGUUCGUCGAGCCAAAGCAAGCCGCAACCGCUGCAAAGCACUUUUGCAGCAAUGACGAUUUUUUCCCUCGCAUGAAUGCUACCACGACGUCUCGCGAGCGUCGACCUGCAGAACAUGGUGCCCAAUCAACCAGCGACUCGGAGCUGCUCUUUGUCUCCAACAGGUGGCAGGGUCGCCGCCUCUUUUCGCACGAGGAGGAGGAGGAGUGUGGGGGAUUCAGUUGGACGACUCCUCAAGCACGCACCAGGGUUGGCAAGGUCUGGGCGGAGAAAGUCAUUUUGCCAGAGAUGGAUUUGUCUGACAUGGACGCGCAAGAAGGCGACGGUGAUCGUGACAUCAUGCGAGCGCCUCCGCUCGUGAUGCAGAAUGUGGCAGAGUGA